AUCUAUUAUAAUAUUGUAGCAACAAUAAGACAAUACUGAUAUGUCCUGAAACGCAUUUGAAGCACGUGCAGCGGGCGAAAGAAACAUAUGAAGUUAUUCUUUUAUAGCAACGUGACACCUGCGCAGUGAUAACCUCAGUACUGUCUAGAUCAGAUCGAUAAAUUCAGUUCAGUUAUCCCGCGUACGGACAACACUCGUAUGGUACACGUAAACCAAAACAGAAAUCAUGGCAGAAGCCACUUCCGGCGACACAAACAUGGAGUCGGCAACCAAGUGCGACUGUUCGCAGCAGCAGCUUGCCGAAUGCCGUACCCAGCUGGCCACACUCGAACAGUGCAACGAAACGCUGCAGAAAAAGCUCGACGGCUAUGUGAAGGACAAUGAGAAUCUGGUCAUAAAGUAUGCGUUCGUUGAAAAGAAGGUCCUGGAUCUCAAGGCACUAGUUGAGGAGAAAGAGUCCAAAAUUAGACGACACGACCAAGAUGUUGGGGGCCUCCAGAAACAGAUUGCUGGGUUGAAAGCGGACAAGGCUAAACUUCAGAAGAACAUCGAAUCGAAGCUACGAGAUAUUGAGCGUCUCGGCAAAGAACUCGAAGGUUCUCGCCAUUACGCGUCCCAGAUCGAGAUGCGCUACAAGUACAGCAGCUGUCGCUUACGCCGAGAGGCAGAGGAUCGAAUGAAACUUGAGGCGGAAGUGUUAAAUUUGCGUCAACAGUUAUUGCAGCAUGUCAUCGCGGAAGAAACGCAUCAGGCAAGCGAACAGGUGGCGGAGAUGGAGCGUAAGGUGAUGGAGCUGCAGGCAAGGGAAAUAAUGCUGAAGCAUGCGAGCGAUGAACAGGCGGCCAGGAUUAUAGCACUACAGCGAACCAACGCAGAAUUGCAGGAUGCUACCGAACGGCAAGAGAAAAAAUAUAACCUCUCCUUGGAGGCGCUAAAGCAAACUGACACGGAGCGAGAACACUUGAGACAGCAAAUGGAACAGCUACGGAAAGAUUUAACCCAUCAGGAAUCUGUGAUAGAAGAAUUACAAUCGAAAGUUAAUGCUGCUAACGCAGCGGCGCAGGAAUCUACACGCAUAGAGCGCAUCGUUAACGAUCAGCGUACGGAACUGGAGCAGCUAACCGGCACGCUCGACGAACAUCGGAAAGAUUUGGAGGAAUUGAAAGUGCGCGAACUGGAGCUGCUAGCGCUGAACAAAGAUCUCAGUGAGGUAAAUUGUUUGCUCCAGCAGGAAAUUGCAACGCAGGAAUCGAAAACGAUCGCCAUUACGCUGGAGUACGGGAAAUUCGUUACCAUGUGCCAGGAGUACGAUGCACAGAUUAUCAGUCUUGCGAACUCACUUGCACUGGAACGUCAACACCGGACGGAGGAGCGGUUGCUAAUGGCCAAGCAUAUAGCCGAUCGGACACGCAAACUGGAGCAUGCCGAAAGAUGUCUGCAGCAAACGCUAAACGAACUCGAAGCGAACCGUAAAAAAUACUUCGCCCUCGUAAAGGACUUUAAACGAGAGAUGAAAAAUGCUCACCAUGGCAUGGAGUCGGGUAGCGGACAGUAGCAAAUAAUGGUUAUCAGCCAUUUGCUACCGAUGGGAGAACACUUUGUGAGAUCUUAUUUACAUUGCGAUAAAGUUGAACGCACCACAGAGCGCUUCCAAGGGUGUUGCGGGGUGUGUGUGAAUUAUCAUGUGUUUAAGAAAAAGGUUAAUACAGCAACGCAACAACAAAACACAUUACAAAAUGGAUGAAAUAAGUUGAAGAAUAUAUUAUCACCACAUCUGUGGUGCGGAACACAA